AGGGUGGCUGGCUGCUGCUGCCGCUGCUGCUUUCCCCGCUCCUGUGCAGUGCGGAGCUCGGGCUGCGAGACUGCGCGGGGCGGGCAGGCAGGCGGGCCGGCCGGAGGUGCUGCAGCGGCGGCCGUGGCGUCUGGCUGCUGCUGCUGUCGUCGUCUGUUUGGGGCCGCCGCCUGGCUUCCCGUGGCUGAGCCGGCUGAGUCGAGCCCGGUCUCGGGCCCAAGAAGGAACGCGCAAAAGACUUUUCGUUUUCUUUCUUCUUUCGGUUUUUUUUUUUUGGAAGCUAGGAAGUAACUGCGUGUGAUUCGCACCCCCCACCCCCCAACCCGGGCUGCUCUCAUACGCCUCUGAUCUCGCUUUGGCUCCGGUGCCGCGGAAGAUGACUGGGGGGUCUUCUCUACGUGCGCAAAAGGAGGCGGCGGCCCAGGAAAGCGGAAAGUAGUAACACUUGGUUAGUUCUGCAGCGGGGGAAAAGUGAGCCUCAGCGGCGGCGGCGGCUGCGGGCCGGGCUUCCCUGCCUACCCCCACCCCCUUCUCGCGCUCUUGCUGCCCUCCUCACGCGCUGCCUUUCUUUUUCUGGCUCCCCCUGCCCUGGUUGGUUUCUCGUCGGAGCAGCAUGAAGUGCAGCCGCGAUGGCCAGCAGAGGUAAGAGCGUGGUCAGGACGCUGGAAGAUCUGACCCUGGACUCGGGUUAUGGUGGCGCGGCGGACUCGGUCCGCUCCUCCAACUUGUCGUUGUGCUGCUCCGAUUCACACCCGGCGUCGUCCUCGUACCCUUAUGGAGGGAGCUGCUGGCCACAUCUAGCUGACUCCAUGCACAGCAGACACAACAGCUUUGACACUGUCAACACUGCCCUGGUGGAAGACUCCGAGGCGCUGGACUGCGCGGGCCAGCACUGCUCCAGGCUGCUGCCCGACCUCGAGGACGUGCCUUGGACCCUGCCCGAGCUGGAGGCGCUGCUGCUGCUGCGCCCCCGGGAGCCGCGGGCCGGCUUGGCGUCCGCCUGCCUUCCGGCGCCCGCGGCGGGCCCGGGCCUGCCCAAGGAUGCCCUGGCCCGCCUCUCCGCGCUGGUGAGCCGGGCGCUGGUGCGGAUCGCUAAGGAGGCGCAGCGGCUGAGCCUGCGCUUCGCCAAGUGCACCAAGCACGAGGUCCAGAGCGCCAUGGAGAUUGUGCUGUCCUGGAGCCUGGCGGCGCACUGCACCGCCGCCGCGCUCGCCGCGCUCUCCCUCUAUAACAUGAGCAGCGCCGGCGGCGACCGCUUCGGCCGCGGCAAGUCGGCCCGCUGCGGGCUCACCUUCUCCGUGGGCAAGGUGUACCGCUGGAUGGUGGACAGCCGCGUGGCGCUGCGCAUCCACGAGCACGCAGCCAUCUACCUGACCGCCUGCAUGGAGAGCCUCUUCCGGGACAUCUACGGCCGGGUGCUGGCCGCCGGGCCGCUGCAGCCCCCCCUGGCCCUGGCCCCUGGCCCGGCCCCGGCCCAGCCACCGCCGCCGCCGCCGCCACCCGGGGCGCUGCCCCCGCCGCCACCGCCCCCUCCCCCUUCCCCGCUGCCCCCGCUGCCCCCGCUGCCGCCCCGCGUUCCGGCGGAGCGGGAGCGGGAGCGGGAGGCCGGAGCAGGAGCGGGGACCGGGCCCGGGCCAGGGGCGGGAGGGGGCUGCAGUGCUGGGAGCAGCACUAGCGGGGGCAGCAGCAGCUGCUGCGCGCCCCCCGCAGCUGGCGCCACUGCCCAGGCGGCCGCAGCCGCGGCCGCCGCCGGCCACCACCACAUCCACCACCAUCACCACCACCACUACCACCAGCCGCAGCACCACCACCAUGCCCCCCCGGAGCCUCCCAAGUUCACCGUGGAAUCCCUGGAGCAGACAGUCAACAACGACUCGGAGCUCUGGGGGCUACUGCAGCCCUACCAGCAUCUCAUCUGCGGGAAGAAUGCCCACGGUGUUCUCUGCCUGCCAGACAGCCUGACCCUUCACCGAGACCCCCAGAGGCCAAGCAAGCCCGGAGAGUUGCCCAUGUUCAGCCAGUCAGAGCUAAGGACCAUCGAGCAAUCCCUGCUGGCCACGCGUGUGGGCAGCAUUGCAGAGCUGAGUGACCUGGUAUCCAGAGCAAUGCAUCACCUGCAGCCCCUCCAUGCCAAGCAGCACGGCAAUGGGACACCCAUGCACCACAAGCAGGGCGCACUGUACUGGGAGCCCGAGGCACUGUACACCCUCUGCUAUUUCAUGCACUGCCCCCAGAUGGAGUGGGAGAACCCCAAUGUGGAACCGUCCAAAGUCACCCUCCAGAUUGAAAGGCCCUUCCUUGUGCUGCCCCCUCUGAUGGAAUGGAUCCGGGUAGCUGUGGCUCACGCUAGUCACCGACGCAGCUUCUCCAUGGACAGUGACGACGUCCGCCAGGCCGCCAGGCUCCUGCUGCCAGGCGUGGACUGUGAACCCCGACAGCUCAAGGCCGAUGACUGUUUCUGUGCCUCCCGGAAACUGGACGCUGUGGCCACCGAGGCGAAAUUCAAGCAGGACCUGGGCUUCCGGAUGCUGAAUUGUGGGCGGACGGACCUUGUAAAGCAGGCUGCAUCUCUGCUGGGACCCGAUGGAAUCAACACGAUGAGUGAGCAGGGCAUGACCCCCCUGAUGUACGCCUGUGUCCGAGGGGACGAAGCCAUGGUACAGAUGUUACUGGAUGCCGGAGCUGACCUGAAUGUGGAGGUAAUCAGUACUCCUCAUAAAUAUCCAUCCGUCCACCCUGAGACCCGCCACUGGACAGCUCUGACAUUUGCUGUGUUGCAUGGACAUAUUCCUGUAGUUCAGCUCUUGCUAGAUGCUGGGGCCAAAGUAGAAGGCUCUUUAGACCACGGGGAGGAGAACUAUUCGGAAACACCUUUGCAGCUGGCUGCCGCCGUAGGAAAUUUUGAACUGGUUAGUUUGCUGUUGGAGCGAGGAGCCGAUCCAAUGAUAGGAACAAUGUACAGGAAUGGCAUUUCUCCAACCUCACAGGGCGAUAUGAAUUCUUUCAGCCAGGCUGCAGCCCACGGACACAGGAAUGUGUUCCGCAAACUUCUUGCUCAGCCAGAGAAGGAGAAGAAUGACGUCCUAUCCCUGGAGGAGAUUUUGGCCGAGGGCACUGACUUGGCGGAGACAGCCCCGCCCCCCCUGUGCGCCAGCCGCAACAGCAAGGCCAAACUGAAGGCCCUAAAAGAGGCCAUGUAUCACAGCGCUGAACAUGGCUACGUGGAUGUCACAAUUGACAUAAGGAGCAUAGGAGUGCCGUGGACUUUGCAUACGUGGCUGGAGUCUUUGAGGGUCUCUUUCCAGCAGCAUCGGAGGCCAUUGAUCCAGUGUUUAUUAAAAGAGUUUAAAUCUAUCCAAGAAGAGGAGUACACAGAGGAGCUCAUUACCCAAGGCCUGCCACUGAUGUUUGAGAUCCUGAAGGCAAGCAAGAAUGAAGUGAUCAGUCAACAGCUGUGUGUCAUCUUCACUCACUGUUACGGACCUUAUCCCAUCCCCAAACUGGUGGAGAUAAAGCGUAAGCAGACAUCUCGUCUAGAUCCUCACUUUCUCAACAAUAAAGAGAUGUCUGAUGUUACCUUCCUGGUGGAGGGGAGACCAUUUUAUGCACACAAAGUAUUGUUGUUUACUGCAUCUCCCAGAUUCAAGGCACUCCUGUCCACCAAACCAACAAAUGACAGCACAUGCAUUGAGAUCAAUUAUGUGAAAUACCCCAUCUUCCAGCUGGUCAUGCAGUAUCUUUACUACGGUGGUCCAGAGUCACUUCUUAUUAAGAACAAUGAAAUAAUGGAGCUUCUGUCUGCUGCCAAGUUUUUCCAGCUCGAAGCUUUGCAGAGGCAUUGUGAGAUCAUCUGUGCAAAAGGGAUCAACGCAGACAACUGUGUGGAUAUAUACAACCAUGCCAAGUUCCUGGGCGUCACGGAGCUCUCCACCUACUGCGAAGGCUACUUCCUUAAGAACAUGAUGGUGCUCAUUGAGAAUGAGGCCUUCAAGCAGCUUUUGUACGAUAAGAACGGAGACGCGGGUCAGGAUGUGCUCCAGGACUUGCAGAGGACGUUGGCAAUCAGGAUACAAUCCAUUCACUUAUCCUCUUCCAAAGGCUCUAUUGUAUAAACCCCCGAGACAAGAGGGCACUCCAGUGGGACCUCACAAGUUCUCUGGCUGCGUCAGCUUCCAACAAAUAUACACAAUUCCAACCGGCACGUUCUUGUCUGGACCCAGGAGCUGUCUCUGCUGCCCUGGCUCCUCCUGGCUCAGUGACUGUGUACAGGUCACGUACAUUCCUGACCCCAAGGAGAUCCUGCUGAUCACCGAGUAGUGACUGGGUCCUGCUUUGGAAAUCCAGUGAGGGGACCACAGAGCUGUGACCCCACCUUGAGCAUCCCUUGAAGCACGCCCAUUGGUGCUGGGGACCACAGAUGGAAAGACACCCAGCUAGCGAUGGUUGGGCCUCCCAAUGCCAGAAGGAGCACGGUCCAGUACCCACCCCUAAGAGCAUCCCUGUAUGCGCUUCAGAGACUGGUGGUUGCAGGGUUAGAGGGAUUCCAUCAUGCCUAAGAAAUGGUUGCUGCAAUUGUUAGGAACAGUCUUGGCAAAUUUUUAGGGGUGGGGACUUUUUAAAAAAUAUGUUCAUAAAAAAACAAAUGAGGUAGCCUUGCAGUUUAAAAAUAUAUUUCUAAAAAGCUUAAAAGUUCCUUUUCAACAGCAUUGUGUAUAAGGAUCCAAGUUUGGGAUUUUUCCUUUUUUUUUUUUAAAGGUCAAAGGUACUCCCCUGUGUCAGUGCAAAAGACGAGAUUUCCACCGGUGUUGUUCAUCACCUGGUUUAAUCUUGCCUCGCCAACCACAGUGACACACAAGAGGCACACUGCCAACAAUCGCCUCCAGUUCCGCCACUGAAGAAACAAUCCUGCAUGCUAAUUGUUAUUUGGGGUCCAAACAAAGGAGCAACUUUUCCUCCUGCCCGCCAAAGCCUUUGCAUGGGGCUGGCCCUGGGCCACAUGAUAUCCACGCUAUGUAGUUGCCAAGGAUUCCACGGGACCAUGUCAUCUCUCGCUCCACCGCCAUUUUGUGAAGCCAGUGCUGCCCGUUUCCUUUCCUGGUGGAGCAUCAUAAUGCAGUGGCUCCCAUGGGAUCACAUUGGUAGAAACUGCAUUUUGAGGGAGGCCAAG